CCCCCGCCGCGCCGCCCCGCUGUCUGGCCCCGCGGACCCACCACCGAUCUACGCACACCCCGGCGAAUCUGCCUGGCUCCCGCGAGCGCCAUGUCUGGCUCCUCCAGCGUCGCCGCUAUGAAGAAAGUGGUUCAGCAGCUCCGGCUGGAAGCCGGGCUCAACCGCGUGAAAGUUUCCCAGGCAGCUGCAGAUUUGAAACAAUUCUGUCUGCAGAAUGCUCAACAUGACCCCCUACUGACUGGAGUAUCUUCAAGUACAAAUCCCUUCAGACCCCAGAAAGUCUGUUCCUUUUUGUAGUAAAACGAAUCUUUGGAAGGUUUUCUAAACUACUUUUCAUGAACCAGUGAAUAUUCAAAGGAGCUAAUUCGAAGCCUGUACAAAACGCUUAUCCCUAUAACAUGUGCCAUACUAUACAAGCUUCUACUUUCGUCAGUCCUUAACAUCUACCUCUGAAUUUUCAUGAAUUUCUAUUUCACAAGGGUAAUUAUUUUAUACACACUGGCAGCAGCAUCCAAUAAAAUACUUAGUAUAAAA